CCCGCCGCCGCGGCAGCCGUCGUCUUUCUCUGUCUCGACUGAGGCAGCCAUCUUGCUCUUGCCGCGUGCUGGUGUUGGAGGACCCUCCCUGCUUCAGAUUUACCAACAGCAUGAAUCAAGAAAAGUUAGCCAAACUUCAGGCUCAGGUCCGGAUAGGGGGCAAGGGUACAGCUCGCAGAAAGAAGAAGGUGGUACAUAGAACAGCUACAGCUGAUGACAAAAAACUUCAGAGUUCUCUAAAGAAACUGGCUGUGAAUAAUAUAGCUGGUAUUGAAGAGGUGAACAUGAUUAAAGAUGAUGGGACAGUUAUUCAUUUCAACAAUCCCAAAGUCCAGGCUUCCCUUUCUGCUAACACCUUUGCAAUUACUGGUCAUGCAGAAGCCAAACCAAUCACAGAAAUGCUUCCUGGAAUAUUAAGUCAGCUUGGUGCUGACAGCUUAACAAGUCUUAGGAAAUUAGCUGAACAGUUCCCUCGGCAAGUGUUGGAUAGCAAAGCACCAAAACCAGAAGACAUUGAUGAGGAAGAUGAUGACGUUCCAGAUCUCGUAGAAAAUUUUGAUGAGGCAUCAAAGAAUGAAGCUAACUAAAAUCUUUUCUUGGUUUUUGGAAGCUGGCAUGGACUAGAUUUAACAAAUCAGCUAUGUGGUUCCAAAGUUUUACAGACACAGAGAACAUCAACUGUUACUAGUUCAGUAAUAUAAAUAUUUUGUAUAUUGAUAAUGCUGUUUGUUCAGCAUUUUUCGGUCAUUUGAUUUUGCAUUUUGCACUUCCUCCCAGGAUCUGUUCUUUUGGUCAAAAUACGAAGUAUUGGUGCAGUUUGAGGGUGUUUUGGUUUUUGAUUCUUGGUUUUUUGUUGGGGUAUUUUUGGUGUGUGUAUGUGUAUGUAUGCGUGUGAGUAUGUGUGUAUACAGUGGAGAACAAAUUGGAAAACAUUCUAUUUAUCCUCCUCCUUCCCCCAGUAGAAAUAAAACAAAUCUUUACAUUUGUUACUUUUUAUUUUCUUCUAGUAAUACACAGAAUUAAUGAAAAUUCAGUAUCUUGGAUUUCAAAUCUAAGGAGAUUUCACGCUUGUAGGUUUGGUUUUAAUUUACUUGGUUAACAUUUUUCAUAGAUUUCUCUGGGUUUGAAAUGUCUUGAGAUACUUUGCCACCAGCUUCAUGCUGGCAUAAUGGGUAGCAUAUCUUUGAUGCGGUUGCCUUAGAUUCACUUACCUAGUCAGACCCAGAAGAAUUUCUUCUACUAGCUUUCUUCCUAAAUGCCCUUUUUCCUCUCCUUUUGGUCUCCAGAUGGCCUGGUCAUCCUUUAGUAAGGCUCUUUCUCAUCUUCCACCUAGCCUGAGGAGGGUGUUCUCCAUAUAGGGUUAAAUGAGUGCCUAAUCUCUCUUUUUGUAAGACUUUGUUCCCUCAUCUUGAACAACAGCUCCAUCUCCAACUUUUUAUUUCCCCCUUGAUUUUACAGUUGGGUAGAUUUCAAACUGGAAUAGCUAGCAUGUGCUUGCUAAAUAAUUUUAUGCUGGCCUUAUCUUUUAUCCUGUUCCAAAAGCAGGUGCAAAAAUGUCUCUUUUUCAGCAAGGUUGAAAUUGGGAAUGUCCUUUUGAAUGAGAAAAAAAUAGGCCGUAGACUCAUCCCCCAGCACAAAUGGGCAUUGUAUGAAAUGGUACUGGCGCCAGGAGGAUUUCUUCAACCACUCUCCUACUCUUGGCCUUGAACCUACCUCUGGAUUGGAUCUUACUAUUGUAGCUGCUCACAGCAUCCUUCGUGCAUGCUUAGAGUAAUGCUUUGGGGGGAACACCGAUAAAACACAGUAUUUAUUUUUUCACCUCCUUUCAGAGGACUUGGAGGUAAGUUGCAUUCAUUCAUUCAAGUUUCCUUCUUGCUCUCUGAUGAUAAAAGCUUGCAUUUUGCUAUAUCAACAUUUGUUAUAGCCAAUAUUUAAGGAUAAGGUUUAGGAAAUCUAUCAUUUUCUGGCCCAGCAUCAAACUAACUAUGGCUUAACCUUGCAGCAUGUCAACUUUUGUUUCAAGCUAGAUAUCUUUAUUUGAUAUCUAAAGUACAAGACCAACAACAUAUCAAGAGAGCUAUAGACAUGAAGGCAAAGGUCUUGUGUUUUUUUAUCCAGAAACCUCAUUUUAUAAAUUUGUUCAUUUUUCCUCUUAUGUUUUAUAUAAUAUAUGGACCUAACUACAAAAUGAAGUAACAUAAUAAAAACAACAACAGAGGAUAAUGUUUCCUCUUGUGCUUCACUUUUUGUUGUCUACAGAAUUUCUUUUUGUAUGUCCCCUCAACUCCCCACCCCCAAAUGAAUUUCAGGCCAGUCAUUAUUUGAAAUAAGGUUUUAUCUGCUGUUAGGUCAGUAGCUCUAAAUGGCCUACAUAAUCCAGAAUUCUCUUCCUCUGACUGUCCCCAGGGGGCACGUUGUAGGGCAGAGAGAAUGAGGGGACUUGAAGUGGUUAGAGACAUAAGAGAUAGGUAGUAUAGUGAAUGGAAAAAGAGCACUUACGUGGAAGUCAGGAGGCUUGGGUCCUAAUCCAGACUCUGGCAUUAACUAUGUGACCUUGGACGGGUCACCAACUGCUCUGAAAUUCAUCAGUCACAUGAGAUGUUUUAAAUCUUAAUGUUUCCCCCACUCCCGCAGUUCUGUGAAUCUCAUUUCUGAAAGUUCUCAUGGAGGUGAUUUUAUCUUUUCAGAGAUGUCUGUUUUUAGCAAUACCCAUAAAGCUUUUUUGCAUGUAUAUACUUAUUCCUCUUUUUCCUUUUUGAUCACAUUUUCACUACUCACCUAGAGGAGCUCUAGUCAAUAUUUCCUUUUAUCCUGUGACAACAACUCUUAAUGACUUGCCUCUCUUGUGUGCAAUGAGCCAAUAUUCUUUUCUGUUUUAUAUUUUCAUACCUUCCCCUUUCCUGGACAAAGCAUAUUAAGACCCUGACUCAACCCAAAGAAAUGUUCCUGCCUUUAGAGUGAGUAGGUAUAGGUAAGAGUAUGGAUGACACUUUUGUAAAUUGUAGUGUUCUUGGCAUAAAUAUGAAUUAUAUAGUUUUUUUAAGAUAUGAAGUAGUUACUAAAUAUGUACUUUUUACUAAGGUUAUGUAUUGCCAAGAUAACUGUAGAAGCAUUUUCUGGGUAAAUUCACCUUAAAAUUUUGGGAUAAUUCAAGAAAUGUCUGCAGAAAAUUGAUUCAUGGUCUUAAUUUUUGUGGUUAGUCUUUUCAGGUUUUUUUGUUGUUCUUUCAGUUUUUGUAAAGCUCCUCGUUUAUCUGUUUUGGGGAAGCCCAAAGUAAAUAGUUGGGACCUUAUAUUUGUUUUAUCCUUUUUUUUACUAUUAAGUAAUGGUUUAAGAAUAUAUCAAGCACCUUGAUUUGUUGUUAAGUAACUAUUGCUUACGGGAUUCCAUUAAAUUAAUUUUAAUAAGCCUA